GCCGAAAUCGGCCGAGUUGCUCCUCGGCGGGAGCCCAGUGCUGACUCUCAGUCCCGCUGUGAACGCAGCAAGGAACACCACGGAUGUUUCACCCUCCCUGUUCGGUGCGUUGGAAACGUUGACGCGAGUCGUGCUCGUCAUCGUCAGCGUCAGCGUUCAGCGUUAGCGUCAUCGUCAAAGUGGCUAAGACAUCGAACCGUAGGUGCUUGUCAGCUACACACGCGAUAGACAGUCAGAAGGGUGAAACCGGGGGGAAGAAACGUCCUAGGGGACUCCCAGGGUAUUGUUUCAAACGCGAACAGACUAUCGGAUUCGUCGAGUGUUGUCUGAGUUUCGGAGCGCGAACGCGCGUGUAACGAUCAUUCGGAGCAACGAUAGUCGUUCCUCGAACGAAGUGGAUCUAUCGAGUGUCGCCGAUCAAGGAAAUCGUACGAACAGAUGAACUGUGCAAGGAUCGCGAACAACGGAACAGUGAACUCGAGUGUAUCAGCAUAGACUCAGUGUACUCUUUCCAGUGGAUAGCUCAGUGAACGAUAAUUAGAAAGAAAAUUCGAACGAGAGCGAGAAAACAGCUCUCAUGUAGCUCCUCAGCGAGACAUGAACCCGUCUCAGAUCCUCAACUGAUAAACAUUUAACCGAUAACCUCCCGUCGAUCACGAUGAUGAACGCUUUCCUGGACGGCGUGUCCUCGCACCCUCACCACCUGGCCAAUCUCGGCAUCAAACUGUCGCCGGGCGGUGGUGGAGCCACGGGAGGAUCCACGGACACGGGGGCUGGUGUGCAACCCGCGCCGGGCGAAGCUCCGUCACAGCAGCAUCAUCACUUUCAUCCCCAGGGCUAUCCGCCUCAUCAUCCCCAUCCGGCUUCCCACAUGGCGCCGCACAUGGGUCACCAUAUGAGCCAUCACCCCGGUUACGCGGCUCGCGACUUCCUGCUACGCAGAGAGCACGAGUUCAACGCGACCGCGAAUCCGACCACCCCCGAAAGCGGUCUAGGACUAUUUACUCCGUUGCAUCACGACGGCACCGCCGCGACAAUGCAACAAUUUCCUCAUCAUCCGAGCCAACAUCCCCUCGCGGCCAGUCACUAUCCCGGACACUAUCCGCAGGACUCGAGGCUGCCCCCUCAUCACCAGUACUUGGGCGCACCGCACCUGACCCCUGCGUCGAUUCAUCAUCAACAACACCCGGCCGUCAGUCACCCGAGCCAUCAUCCUCACGGUGCUUUCUUAAGGUACAUGAGGAGCAACGGAAGCGGCGGUGGCGGUACCGCCGGUGUACCCGGCGGUCAACGUCAAGAGAUGUCCUGCAUGUGGGUAGACCAGGACGCGCCGGGACCCGGAAGGAAGCUGUGCGGCAAACUCUUCAACUCCCUCCACGAUAUCGUGACGCACCUCACGGUCGAACACGUGGGCGGGCCCGAGUGCACGACGCACGCGUGCUUCUGGCAGGGAUGUGCGCGUAACGGCAGGGCCUUCAAGGCCAAGUACAAGCUCGUCAAUCACAUAAGGGUGCACACCGGCGAGAAACCCUUCCCUUGUCCGUUCCCUGGAUGCGGCAAAGUUUUCGCCAGGUCCGAGAACCUCAAGAUCCACAAGAGAACGCAUACCGGAGAGAAACCGUUCAAGUGCGAAUACUCCGGCUGCGAGAGGCGGUUCGCGAACAGCAGCGAUCGCAAGAAGCACAGUCACGUCCACACGUCCGACAAGCCUUACAAUUGUCGAGUUUCCGGCUGCGACAAGUCCUACACCCAUCCUAGCUCGUUGCGCAAGCAUAUGAAGGUGCACGGCAUGACCCUGGGCGAGGGCAAGAUAGGAGGGGGCUACGAGAGCGAGGGUGAAGAGAGCAGCAGCAGCGGGGGUAGCUUGUCCGUGACCGGGCACACCGAGUCUCCUCAGCCGCCUCCGGUUGUCCCGACAACCACCACGACCAACCCACCGUCGAGUCAUCCUUCGACCAGAGGCCCAGAAUUGACGGAAUGGUACGUCUGUCAGCCGCCAACCGUUGGUCCUCAGCACAGUCCUCUGCCAGGACCUCCGCCACCCCAUCACCUUGGCCCGCACCAUUUCAACCCGCUGAUGCAUCACCAAGCGACUGCCUACUAGUUCAUGUCUCGAAUCGAGCAAACGGCUAACCUUUCGGCAGAUCGAUCUUACUUCGACGUAAAAGUGUUUCACGUUCGAACUUGCGCUGGAUGAACGUGGACAAUUCGACGAUAACUCCGGACGAAGAAAUGGGUCGAAGGAACGUUCCGAGGAAUUGAGAGACAUUGGUGAUUUUUCAAGAUUUGUGACAGUGCCUCGUUUCAUUGGAUAACGGUGAAAUGAUACGUGGAAUUCUUGAUUCUACUUGGAUGAAAUCUUGGACGACUCUCGAGCUAUCAGUCGGACGAAUCUUCUAGUUUACCAUCGACGAAGGUACAGUACCCCGGAACUUCAUUAUGGGCACCCAAUGUUUUAUACAAAUUUCAAUUUUCUUCUCUCUUCUGUGAUCUUGAUUAUUAAUCGUGAUUUCAAUCCUUGGGGUAUAUUCGAAGCGCAGACUUGUUAGGCUUUACGAAUGCUUUGAAUAAGAAUAUUUUGUAAUUUCUCGAUAUUUUCUUGAGAAAAAGGGGUGUCCAUGAUAGAGGGAUGGGAUAUUGUAUAAUCGCGACCAAAGUUUCGAACGAACUCAACUAUCGUUAGUAUUUAUUUUCUCUGGAUUCGCGAUGGUGAUUGUUGUUAAGUCCAUAAAGGGAAGAGCUGUAUCUAAUGUUUAGCAAGCGACUUCUACGAUAGAUGUAAAAUAAAUAACGAUAGUUCGGUCUAUCGCGAACCAAAAAGAAAGUUACCUCUAUCCGAGCGGCGAGGUGCGAGGACUGUAAAUACUAUUAACGUAAAUCAACGUGGACGCUGAAGAAUAUAGGCGAAGAUCUGACGCGUGGUCGGGCACGAAAAAUCGUGUCCCGACGAUUUGUUUCGUAGCGUUACGAAUGAAAACGAAGCAAACAAUUCAUCGGAUCCGGAUUCACGUGACUCUCGCCGAGUUCGUGCCUCUCGGAUUAUCAAUUCUCUAAGCGAGACAACGCUUCUACGAGUCCUGGCUUGUAAUCGUUCCUUCGAAGCACGACCAAUCGUUAGUGUUUCUCGUGAACCCGAGUCUAAUUGAGCUAAAUAAAAAAAAAAAGACGAAGAGAAAAAACAAGAAAGUAGC